UUUGAUUCAAAGUUUGAAGUUCAAAGGUCAAAAGGAACUAACCUGCUGCUGCUUGUGCUUAUUGAUCUUGUGUGAAGGAAAAAUCAUGGAUCCAGUGAUUUGGCUUGUCCUCAUUGCCAUAUUUGUGCUUACACUCUUUGUGGUACUCUACUUUCAGUUGUCUGGAAAUAAGAAAAUCGAGAUCGAGAAAACCCGUCCCAGAGUUGUUGGUGGUGAGAGUGCAGUCAUUACUGGUGGUGUGAGACGCCGCUCUCGUAACAUCCGCUCUCGAUUAGCCGCUGUCCAGCGAGCCAGAGGACAAGUGGAGCCAAUACCCGAGGAGGAUGGUGAAGAGGAUGAUGGAGAUGGAGGUGAUGGUAUAGGUGAGGGUAUAGAGGAGGAGAAUAUACCGAGCGGAAAGAUUGGUACCAAGAAGCUCAAGAGGAUUCAGGAGAAGGCUGAGAGAAAAGCCAUGAGAGAGCAAGAAGAAGCUGCAAGGGAGGAUAAGAAGAAACGAGAGGCCUUGAGGGAGAAGGAGAGACAGCAAGAACACGAGGAAGAACAGGAAAGCAAGAAACAGGAGGAGGAAGAAGAGGCGAGGCAAAGGGUGGAGCAAGAGAGACAGGAGCACGAAGAGUACCUGGCAAUGAAAGAGGCCUUUAUGGUGGAGGACGAGGGAGAGGGGGCAGUCGAUGACACAGAGGCCCGGGGAGUGAAAGACUUCAUUGAACACAUACAAAGAAACAAGAUUGUGUACCUGGAAGACCUUGCUGCAGAGUUUGGUCUCAAAACACAGGAAGCCAUUGAUAGGAUCCAAAGCCUACAGGAAGGGGGAGAGCUGACAGGGGUGAUUGAUGAUCGUGGAAAAUUUAUCUUCAUAUCCCAAGAAGAGCUAGAGGCUGUGGCCACCUUUAUCAAACAGAGAGGAAGAGUUUCCAUCACAGACUUAGUCACUUCUAGUAACACUCUUAUCAAUCUCCAGUCCGAAACUGAGACUCUAGCAGCUGUGUAAACCAUGUCUCCUUUCAGACACUCUCUCUAUUUGUAUUUCGUGCUUUACGUUUCUGCAUUCCUUACAUAUAGGUUCUCACAAUAAGUCAAA